AUGGUUGAUGCUACGAAGUAUGCAUAUUUGGAUAUUUCGCUGAACCAGAAGCCAAUAGGACGCGUGGUUGUUGAACUGUUCACAGAAAAGGCUCCACAGGCUUGUCUCAACUUCAUGAGUUUGUGUGGAGAUCACACGGGUCAGGAAAUUCCUGGACUUUACCUCAAGAGAAACUACAAUCAUACAAAAAUUCACAGGGCUGUCAAGAAUUUUGCCAUAGAGGGUGGUGAUGUUGUUAGCGAUCCAAAUUCACCAGAGGUCGGGAGUCGAGGCUCUUCCAUAUAUGCCCAAAGCGACAACGAUCCAGGGUUCUUUGAGGAUGAGAAUUUGAAGCAAGAAUUUGAGGAACCUUUUCUGGUGGGAAUGGCUAAUGCAAAUUCCCCUAAUACUAAUACAUCACGGUUUUUCAUCACGACUUCACCCUCGCCUCAUCUCAAUGGAAAGCACACAUUGUUUGGCAAGGUAGUUCACGGCAAGUCUGUUGUGCGUGAAGUAGAGAAGGUUGAUGUCAGCAAAGAGCACAUCCCCAAGAUUCCCUGUGUUAUUGAAGACUCAGGAAGUUGGAAGAAAGGAGAUCCAGUACCAGUAUACAACGCUUCGUAUGACUCUAUUGGAGGAGAUAUCUACGAGGAGUUCCCCGACGACAAUACAAAAGCCAAUGCUCCCAAUUUCGACCCCGAAAAUAUGGCACAAGCACUCAAAGCUGCUGAGACUAUCAAGGAGUCCGGUACUUUACUAUUCAAGAAAGCAGACUUAACAAACGCACGGUUCAAGUAUGCGAAAGCGCUGAGAUAUGCGAAUGAGUUAAUGCCUGAUAAAGACCAGGAUCGCGAGACUUAUGCCAAGUUCAUGGAUCUUAAGAAGAAAUUAUUUCUUAAUCUUUCUCUGUGUUGUUUCAAGAUUGGUGACCACCAAAGGGCUGUGGAUUAUGCUGGCUAUCUGUUGGAGCUUGAUGACGAUUUCAAGGUAUCCGCUUUAGAAAGGUCCAAAGCGUUGUAUAGGCGGGGGAUGUCAUAUCUAUCGCUGAAGAAGAACUCUCUGGCAUUAGAAUCGCUCAAAGAGGCUAAAUUGAACAACCCUGAUGAUGUUAAUAUCAAUUCGGCUCUGGAAAGGGCAGAAAAGAUUGUUCAGGAUGCCAAAGAGAGAGAGAGGGAGCGGUAUGCAGGACUUUUCAGUUCAUAA